GCAAAGGGCACAUGGAGCCUCCUGGCAAGUUUUGGGGGGCCCCAGAGCAUCCCCCCUCUUCCUUCUCUGUGAGGCUUCCGUAAAAAAAUAUCCCUCUUGGGUGACUUUGAGGCAGAUUUAAAGUUCUCCCUGCUUUUUCAGACUCCCCAAAUAUAAAUUUAUUGAUUGAUUUAAGACGAUGUGUAGAGCUGCCCAGGUCACUCUGAGUGGCUCCUAGCGGCCUUGAUUAAUUGGAUAUAUUGAACAACUGAAGUAACUGAAGAAGUUAAGUAAUAAGUGAUGCCUGAAUACAGUCUCUUAAGAACAGAAAAGGGGAGCUGGAAUAUGUUGUUCGUGAUGAUCCAUGAUGAAAGGAAAUGCCAGCCAGGCCUCUUGGAGGUGACAUGUGGGGCCUUGCCCAAAAUCUCCAAUGGCUGCCCCUCCCUGUGGUGAUGUCAUCCGGCUUUCACCAGGAAGACUAUGGGGCAGGGGUGGGGGCUACUUGUCCACCACCACCACCAUUCUGGAUCAAGGGACAUUUCUGGAGAGGGGAAAUGCAGAUGGCCAGGCGUCCUCCAGAAGCCACACAGAGCCCCGUGUCCUUUGAGGAGGUGGCCGUGUAUUUCACCAAUGAGGAGUGGGCCCUCUUGGCCGCUGGCCAGAAAGCCCUCCACCGGGAAGUCAUGCUGGAGAACUCGCGCAACGUGGCGUCCUUAGUAGGAGAUGGAGGGGAAGGCAGCAGCAACAAUAGCAAUGUCAGAAAGUGCAGGAUGUCCCUGGUGAUCCCCAGCUGUUCUGGGAUGAAGGAGUCGUGGAGGAGGCAAGAAAGAGCCGAGGAGCCGAGGGGAAGCCCAAACGAGAAGCCAAAGGAACCGCUGGACCUGGAGGACCCUCCUCAGAAAGCACCAGCGCAGCAAGGAAAUGGUGGGAAGAGCAUCCACCCCCAAGUGGAGCGGGGUAGCCCUCGGCCAGGUCGGAUAGAGAAAAAGCAACACCGGUGCCCAGAGUGCGGGAAGAGUUUCAGUCAGAGCUCGCACCUGGCAUCCCACCAGAGCAUCCACACAGGCGAGCGACCACACCAGUGCCGGGAGUGCGGGAAGAGCUUUCGUCAGCUGGCCUACCUUGCCUCGCACCAGAGGAUCCACACGGGGGAGAAGCCCUUCCGCUGCCCCGAGUGCGGGAAGCACUUCAACCGAAGCACCAACCUAACCUGCCACCGGAGGAAGCACACGGGUGAGAAGCCCUUCCGCUGCCCAGUCUGCAGUAAGAGCUUCUGCGACAAGUCGGGCUUCAACCUCCACCAGCUGAUCCACUCCAAGGACAAGCCCCAUAAGUGUCCAACCUGCGGCAAGACCUUCAUUCGCCGCUCGCAGCUGACCUCCCACGAGGGGAUCCACACAGGUGAGAGGCCCUUCCACUGCCCCGAGUGUGGAAAGAGCUUCCAUCGCAGCUCCAACCUCACCUCCCACCAGAGGAUUCAUGCAGGGGAGAAGCCCCACGGCUCCCCUGAGUGUGGGAAGAGCUUUUACGACAAGCAGCACCUCCUGCGGCACCAGAGGAGGCACGUGGCGGAGAAGCCCUUCUCUUGCGCCGAGUGCAACAAGACCUUCAGCCAGAAGAGGAACCUGGUGAGACACCAAAAGUUCCAUAGUGGACCAACAUCGCCUCCAUCCUUGCAGUGGACAAAGAGGUUCCGUAAUGAGCGGCAGCCAAAGAGGCAUCUGGACGCUCUUGGGGAGGAACGAGGACCCUUCAUGUCCUGGAGUGUCGAGGUUGCAUCCGACGGAGUCCCCGUCCUGCUUCCCUGCCAAGAAUUCCCACAUGGAGAUCAGUAUGUCAUAAUUUCUCAGAUCAAGUGACCAGAUAUUAUAGCUCCGUUACUCUUCGAUACAACGGCUUCUCAUUUUUAAAAAUCUCUUGCCAGUUUGAGCAGAGGUUGGACUAGAAGACCUCCGAGGUCCCUUCCAGCUCUAUUCUGGUUGGUUGAUUGGCAGGGAAUGGCGGAAUUGGUUGAUUGAUAACUUUGUGCCUUAAUUCUGUGCUUACGGUCCUGGCACAUUUGGAUGACAGCAGAUGGAGACAUAAGAAGAUUCAUGCCGCAGAGAUCAAGAACUUUCAUAUGUUUUAAUUCCCUCUCUUUUGCACACGCACUCCGUAUCUGUUUCACUCAGGGUGGGGUACAACACUCACAAUUGGUACAAUGCAAUUAUAAAUGCUAGAAAGGCCAAAAUUUUGCAGACUUUUGUUUUUUUAAAAAAAUUGUGAAAUGGCCAAAGGAAGACACAAAAUUUUCUGAAAAGCAUGUUGACGAGAGGUUGGGCAUGACUCUCUUACUGCCUGCCUUGCUUAGCAACGGAAAUUCU